AAGCUUUUUCCUCGCUCCCUCGGAGAGAGCUAACCGCCGAGAUGAAUGACACUGUGACCAUCAGAACCAGGAAGUUCAUGACUAAUAGACUGCUUCAGCGUAAACAGAUGGUGAUUGAUGUUCUUCAUCCUGGAAAGGCCACAGUUCCCAAAACUGAAAUCAGGGAAAAGCUGGCAAAAAUGUACAAAACAACGCCAGAUGUAAUUUUCGUCUUUGGCUUCAGAACCCAUUUUGGUGGUGGCAAGACAACAGGCUUUGGCAUGAUUUAUGAUUCCCUGGACUAUGCAAAGAAGAAUGUUUACACCAAUGAUACUCCGACUACCGCUUAUGAGCUGCAAGUGGCUCUUUAAUGUGUUUCCUGUGGCUCUUUGUGAUUUAAU